AUGGUCCUCGCUAAUAACCCGGAGCGAGCGAAGCCCGAGGACGAGAGGGAGGAGAUCGCCCAGAAGUAUAAGCAUGGGGAUUCGGUGUUUCCGGUCGCCGCGGUGGAGAGUGGUUCCGGUUCCGGUGGUGGGCAGGACGAGGAGGAUCGCAGGUUGUUGGAGGAGGUGAGGGAGUUGAGUUUGAGGGAUGCGAGACGGACGGCGAGGGAGUCGAGGAGUCGCUCUGGGAGGGCGGAGAGUGUCGAUGCGGAUGCGAGGUCUAGACGACGGAGGGAGGAGGAGAGAGCCGCGAGAAGACAGCAACAGCGUGCACUACGACCGGAGGAAGCGUCGCGCCGGACGAGGCAGAUCGAGCAUCAGAGUAGUUUGCGGUCGCUGUUGAGUUUGUCGGACACCGAGACCAUGGAGGAGGAGAUCCUGCGCCAGAUUCUGGAGGAGGGCUUGCUCGAAGAUAUUGAUUUGGAUAACUUGGGGCCGCGCCAGGAAGAGGAGCUGAGUGAGCGGAUCGCCGACGCUUAUCGACGGAGACAUCGCUUGCGGUCGCGAUCGCGGCAGAGACAAGAGGGUGGUGAUACAACGUCGCAGGCUUCGACGCGGCCUCGCGCGAGAUCGCAGUCCGUGCAGAGACCUCCUCCGUCCGGUUCUACGUCUACGACGUCGCCUCGUGAAUCUCCGAGAAACCCGCCGGUGUCGAGGCCGUAUCUGUUGGAUCCGCUGGUUUCGCGAUCGGGGCAGUCGGGCCAUCAGAGACGGCUGUCGGAUCAGGGGAGCAGUCGGCGAAGGACGUCGCCAGUCCCUGUCAACCCGGCGUCGUCGUCGGAGGUCUCCUUGAGACCGGCUGCGAGGUCGUCGAGUGAUAUGGUUGCUGAGCGCCCUCGCAAUUCCUAUUCCGAGCGAGCUAGAGCGUCGGAUUCUACGGCUCCGCGGUCACGGCGUGCGACUGCAUCUGAGCAAAGCGUUCCGAAUAUAUGGGUGGUUGGGGCGAAUGACCGGGAGCUGCGACGACAGCGGCCGGGUCGACAGUCGAUCGACAUUCCUGCGUCAGCUACCUCGCCUCUACAGAACGUGCAAAACAAUCCGAGUCCAAGGCGUCCGGAGCCUAUCAUCACGAACCCGUCGACGACGAGUUCGUUGGCUGCCGAAGUGAACAGCCCCGCUAGGCAGGAUGCGCGAUCACGGCCGUCGUCUUCUCGAUCUACUGCCUCGCAAAUGACAGCGUCCUAUGUCGAGCCGUCUAUUUCAUGUGAGCGCUGCGGAAAGGCAAAUAUUCAAUACGACUUGCAUAAGAAGUGUCUCCAGUGCAAAGACGGCGGUUAUCAUCUGUGUCUACGAUGCUAUCGCUUAGGCCGUGGCUGCUUGGACUGGGCCGGGUUUGGCUCGUCUGCUAAGGCAAACUACGAACGAAUCUGCGCCGUCUCGAAUGGCGGGCCUACGCCACCGGCUGAGUCUCAGCAUGUCUUGCUAUCUUGCAAGUACAAACGGCCGGUGGAAGGUUUUCGGCGCGCACGAGACGGGAGGGAGGUUACCAGCGACGACCCAGCGCGGAGACUGCAGACGGGGCUUUUCUGCGAGAUCUGCCACUCUCCAGCCAAUGACUGCUUCUGGAAAUGCAACGACUGCAACGAAGGCGACUGGGGAUUCUGCAAUCGAUGUGUCAACCAAGGAAAAUGCUGCACGCAUGCACUGUUGCCGAUCUGCCGCGUAGCCGCUGACGGUCGCUCCGACCUGCCGACACCAUCACCGGUUCCCAGCGAAGUACGCACCGGCUCGUCAACUCCUCCCACGGCACCCGGGGACCGUGAAAUGUUCAAGAUCCUUAGCUUCUCGACCAACUGCGACAUCUGCACCCAUCCGAUUCCUCCGUCGGUCCUCCGAUUCCACUGUUUACAAUGCAACAAUGGCGACUACGACAUUUGCGCCAACUGCUAUCUCAAACUCGUGGCGACCGGGAAGAUUCGCAAGGAGAACGGGCACAAUGGCUGGCGACGCUGUUUGAAGGGUCAUCGGAUGGUUGUCAUCGGGUUUGAAGAUCGCGAGGAGGGCCAACAACGAGUUAUUGUGCGCGACUUGGUUGGCGGCCGCGCAUUGAAGGACGAACAUGUCCAGAACUCAUCGUCUGCGUCGGCCUCGCCCGUUGCCGGAGGCACCCCGUCUGGCGAGACUCCCUCGGGCGAUUGGAGCUGGAAGGAAGGCGCCGAGCGACGCAAAAAGGCCUCGCGUGUACGCACCCCAUGGGCGAACCUCGAGCGCGACCGGAACGGAGCUUACCAUAGCGCCUCGGAGCCGUCGACUCCUAUCACAGCCAGCUCAAAUCCCUCGACUCGUCGGUUCCCCCCAAAUGGCGGCGUGGGCGUCAUUCUUCAUGCUCUGUGGUCUUGGUACCCGGAGGACGGGGUGCAAGACGAGUUGAUGUUUCCGCGGGGAGCGGAGAUCACUGAGGCCGAGAAUAUCAAUGACGAUUGGUACUGGGGAUGCUAUGCUGGUUCGACGGGCUUGUUUCCCGGGGCGCAUGUUUUUGUGGUGGGAGAGAUUGUUUAG